AUGGCGGGGGAGCGAUGGAUUUUCACCAAUUCGCAACUUGUAAACACCCCCAGCCGAAAAUGUGGGAUAGACAGCGACAAAGAACUUACGUAUAGACAGCAAGCUGCCAACCUUAUUCAAGACAUGGGCCAAAAACUUCAAGUGUUUCGACCUGUCCAUAGAACACCCCCAUACCAAUGUUGUGAAAACCUGUCAAUUAGUGAAAGCUUACACCUGACCACCCUCUGUCUACAGUAUAAACCUACAGUGGUGUCCUGUGUCUGUGUGGAGCUAGCCUGUAAAUGGUCCAACUGGGAGAUCCCUACAUCCAAUCAAGGUCGUCCCUGGUAUUACUAUGUUGACCAAUCAGUAACUCCAGAGCUCUUAACAGAAUUAACUCAGGACUUUCUUAACAUUCUGGAUAAAUGUCCAAGCAAAUUGAAAAAGAGGAUAAUGACUUGGAAGUCUGGUGAGAAGGACAAAAAAGAGAGGGAAGACGUAAGCGUGUCUCAGAAAUCUCGGGGGUCAUCAUCAGCACCUUCAGCGGCUCUAGGAAGUAACCCACAAAGCCAUAAAAGCUCAAAACCUCAUCAUCAUUCUCAUUCGGGCCAUGACAAACAGCCAGAGAAGUCACAAGGCAAACACACCUCCUCAAUGGAAAUGUCAAAGUCAGAAGCCAAAGUUAAAACAAUCAAGACAGAAUUAACUAGUCAGACGGUAGGUCACACGCACGGUAAAAACGUGUUUGAUGCCAUAUCAAGUGAUACGUCAUUGAACGUUGACACAAGGGAGUCUCCAGCAACACUUCUGUCUCAAUCAACCAGUGAUACCUCAACACCAACUGUACAGAAGACGUCGCUGGCGGAGUACAAGGAACGGAGGGAACGAGAAAGGCAGGCAGCUAUCAGUAAAAGUGCUAGUAGUCUACCGAACGUGGAUAAAAAACAGGCAUUAAACAAGGACAUUUCGCACAGGAGUGUGUCUUCAUUAGACAGUGAUACAACAAGAAAAAUGCACACACCAGAAGUUGAAAAAAGCAGAAAGUCGCACCAUGAUAAACAUUCAAACAAACAUUCAGAGUCUGUAAAAGGACUAAGUUCAAAGCCAUAUAUUAAAACUGAACCUGGACUAGAUGUUCCUGUACAAAACUAUGAUUCCAGGCUAAAAGUAGAGUUGAAUAUUGACAGUAAUAUGAAUGCAGAUUUAACAAGAGUAUUGGAAGUCAAACAGAAAGUCAAACAAGAAAUCAGCACACCUGACAAAAUGGACCUCUAUAAAAUCAAAGUCAAAUCAGAACCUCUGGAUGAGGAAUCAAGACAAAGUGUUGAAUCUUUUUCAAAAGACUCUCCUCUUGUCUCUGAGCCUAACAGAAGCUCGGAUUUAAAAAUGAGAAUAAAAACAGAGGGAAAUUAUUCACAAACAGGAUCUUCUCCUCUAAAACUGAAAAUAAAAACUCCUCACCCACCAAAAGAGAAACACAGUGGUACCCCAACAUCUCAUGAAGGACAGAAAGUGCCUCCAAUGAAACUUUCUAAACAUCCCUCUCGUAUGGGCUCAGGGGAUGAACACUCUAAACAUAAAGAGGGUCACCAUCACAAAUCGCACAAGUCAAAACAUUCUCACUCCCACUCUCAUUCUAGUUCAGGGACCAAUGGUAAGACUGAUCUCAAACUUCGGAUCAGCUUACCAAAGCAUGCGGGGGAUGGGGACAAAAACGUGGAGAAGGUGAAAGUAGAAUCAAAGAAAGCGUAUGAGAGUAGUCCUCUCGUUAACAGUAAUAACUCCUCCAGGAAGCGGCCGCUAAGUCCUACGGGGGUUUUAGAAAACGAUUCUCAGCAACAGCAGCGAAACAAAAUGCAGAGAGCGGAAAGCAUGAGGAGGUCGUCUUCAAGUCUCUCAAAUCAUUCUGUUGUCAGCAUGGAAUUAUGUGAUAUAGGUAGUGAUUCUUUGGUAUCCGAAAACGAUUUCAGUGUCUUACAGUCUCCCAUAGCAACCAAUGUUGCUGUUCAAAAGCAACUUGAAUCACUUUCCCAAGUUAUAGAAUCCAAAAAAGCCAUGCUAGGCAGUGCGUCUCGUAUCAACCCCCCUCUACCACCCCCACUGCCCCCACCCCCUCCCCCUCAGUCCAGUCAGUACAUACCCCCACCACCCCCGCCAGUUCAACCUUUUCCGUUCUCUUCAGCAAGUCAGCAGUAUGGAUAUCAACCUUUGUCUGACCUUAGUGAUUUAGAUUUUCUAUCAGAUGACGCUAUUCCACCUCUGCCGGGGGAACAGCCUCCCUCAAAACCCCCUCUACCCCCUUACUGACUCAGCUAGAUCUCUGUGAAAUGUACUGGUACAUCUUCACACAAAAAAAUAAUUUCUCUGUUUAAGGAUAUGCAUUGUAAUUCAUGUACUUGUAAUAUGGCUCAAAAUUAAAUGUAAGUUUAUGGCCCAUGUCAUUUUUUGGAGUGGAUGUACAUAUAUUCUUUGUGAAUCAUUUACAUUGAUUGUAAAUCUUGCAAUGAGUAAGAGAAAAUGCUAUUAAAUGUGUAUUUUGAGAAGUUGGAGAUAUUUUAUACUGUUGGUUGGUGCACACAAUUUGCUAGUGUUAUUUGUUUCUAUAUAUAUGUAGAAAUAAUUAUAAUAAACCUUUUUUAAUAUAUAUAUCUAAUGCAUGUACUUUAUUUUGCACAAAGAAAAAAAACAUUUUAUUAAAAAAAUAAAUAAUAAAUAAAAGCUGUCUGAUAUGUGUACUGUUAGAUACUUAAAAUAUUUCAUCUGAAGAUUUCUUGUACCUUGAUUGCCCUUUUAUUCUAUAGUUAAUUUCUUGUGUCAAAUUGAUAUUUCAUGUAUAUAUAUUAAUUUUUGUCUAUAACUUAAAACUUCUUGUCAGUAAAUCAACUUUAAAAACUUAUUUAGAAAAUUAUUUAGAUGUUGUUUAAGUCUGUAUUCUCCUGUUUUGACCAUUUCAGUAUUUUGGCACAUCCCAGUUGCAGACAAACCAUUAACUUUCAAUUAUUGCCUGGCCAUCUUUCUGCUAGACUUUUUAUGUGUGUUUGAUAUUCAAAUUUUUUAAGCCUUUGAUAUAAUUGUUAAUAUGUGUAAGCUUAAUACCUCAACUCCAAGUCAUGGACCUCUAAAUGUUGUAUAAGGAAA